AUCUGCAUCCCCCAGAACGCGGAAAGUUUUGUAUAUAAGCUGCCCGGCCACCUCACCAAAGCAUCACUUCUUGCAGUUUGGUCGGUUCAUCCACUAGUAUUAAACAAUUCGAAUAAUCGCCAUGAAAGUCUUGGCCGUCGCUAUCUUAGCUACUGUAGCUACCCUCAGCUCCGCCUACCCCGGCUACUACGGUGGUGGUGGUGGAGGUGGAUACGAAGGUGGAUGUGAACAUGGAGGAGCCGGUGGUGCCGGAUGUGGUGGAGGUGGUGGUGGAUUCGGAGGUGGAUUGGGAGGUGGAUUCGCCGGAGGUAGUGUAGGAGGUGGUUUCUACGGAAGUGAAGCCGCUGGCCCAACCUACGUUCAAGGACCUGCUGCCGGUGGCAAGACCCUCAUCGGACCCGCUGAAGGACCAAACAACGUACAAGGUGCCUCCAACGGCCCCACCAACCUCGUAGGACCCCAACAAGGACCCGCCAGCAUCGUAGGACCAUCCCAAGGAACCGCUAGCGUAAUUGGACCCACCAACGGAGGUGCUCAUCUCGUUGGAGCUGCCCAAGCCCCCAUCACUUAUUCUGAAGGUGUCGCCGCCCAAACUGGACUCGCUGGAGGCGCCGGUGGAUUCGGAGGUGGUUUUGGAGGUGGAUUCGGAGGUGGACACGGAGGUGCCGGUGGUGGAUACGGAGGUGGAUACGGAGGUAAAAAUACUAGAUUCAAAAGGAGGAUCAGCAGGUUCCAUAACCCACGACGGCGGAGUUCUUAGAGGACCAAAACCGUACCAGUAGUAAUCAAAGGUUCUUCCGGUAAAAUCGUAGCUGAUGGCCUUUAUGGACUCCCCGAUGACGGUCAUGGAUAUUAUUAAAUUAAACCGACCAUAGGCAAAAACCAAUCUUUCAGUAUUACGACUUCUUACUCUUUAAUUAUUUUGUUAAAUCUUUCUUAUUGUGUAAACUUAUUACCUAAGACCAUCACGAUUUUCAUUUUCAUUCUUCAUUUCGCUCUCGCUGGAUACCGGCACCGUUUUGUAGGCCCUAACCGUCUCAGUUUAGGGCAGUUCAAAACGGGCACGUCCUCGAGAGCAGGUCAUUAAGUUUACUGUGAUUUCUCAUGUACGAGCUUGGUGUUAUCUACGUUAUUUAAUAUGUAUAGUUUUUUUAUGUUUUUAUAUACUGUACAAAUGUAUAUGCGUUAAUAAAUGAUUCUUUUUAAAAAAGA